GUGGUUCGAUAAUAUAGUUUUUAGGAACACUUUAGGAUUUCUUUGUAAUACAUCACAUUUAUACGAUUGUUAAUGAGAAAUUCAACAAGGAAAAAAGUGGCUGUGAUUUCAAGUGGGAAAAAUAUUUUCGUCAUUUUUUAAUCAUCGUGAAAAAAAAAAAAAUGUCUGGCAUUGCAAUAGCACGAUUAGCAGAAGAACGUAAAGCUUGGAGAAAAGAUCAUCCAUUUGGUUUUGUAGCAAGACCAACGAAAAAUCCAGAUGGUACGCUAAACUUGAUGAGUUGGGAAUGUGCAAUUCCUGGGAAGAAAUCUACACCUUGGGAAGGUGGUUCUUACAAGUUGCGUAUGAUCUUUAAAGACGAUUAUCCUUCCAGCCCACCAAAAUGCAAAUUUGAACCGCCAUUGUUCCAUCCAAAUGUUUAUCCAUCAGGAACAGUUUGCUUAUCAUUAUUAGAUGAAGAAAAAGAUUGGCGACCAGCGAUAACAAUUAAACAAAUACUUUUAGGAAUUCAAGAUUUACUCAAUGAACCAAACGUCAAAGAUCCAGCUCAAGCGGAAGCUUACACUAUUUAUUGUCAAAAUCGUUUGGAAUAUGAGAAACGAGUAAGAGCGCAAGCACGAGCAAUGGCACCACAAGAAUAAAAACAAAUAAAAUCUACCUUUAUAUAUAUAUAUAUAUAUAUAUAUA